GCAAUUAUGGAGCAGGACAAUGGCACCACCCAGGCACCAGGCUUGCCGCCCACCACCUGCGUCUACCGUGAGGAUUUCAAGCGACUGCUGCUAACCCCGGUAUACUCAGUGGUGCUGGUGGUUGGCCUGCCACUGAAUAUUUGUGUCAUCGCCCAGAUCUGUGCAUCCCGCCGGACCUUGACCCGGUCAGCCGUGUACACCCUGAACCUGGCACUGGCAGAUCUGCUGUACGCCUGCUCACUGCCCCUACUUAUCUAUAACUAUGCCAGGGGCGACCACUGGCCCUUCGGAGACAUUGCCUGCCGCCUCGUGCGCUUCCUCUUCUAUGCCAACCUACACGGUAGCAUCCUGUUCCUCACCUGCAUUAGCUUCCAGCGCUACCUGGGUAUCUGUCACCCCCUGGCACCCUGGCACAAGCGUGGGGGUCGCCGUGCUGCCUGGGUGGUAUGUGGAGUCGUGUGGCUGGUUGUGACAGCUCAGUGCCUGCCCACAGCAAUCUUUGCGGCCACAGGCAUCCAGCGCAACCGCACUGUCUGCUAUGACCUGAGCCCACCCAUUCUGUCCGCCCGCUAUCUGCCCUAUGGCAUGGCUCUCACGGUCAUCGGCUUCUUGCUGCCCUUCACAGCUUUACUGGCCUGCUACUGCCGCAUGGCCCGCCGCCUGUGCCGCCAGGAUGGCCCAGCAGGACCUGUGGCCCAAGAGCGGCGCAGCAAGGCGGCCCGUAUGGCGGUGGUGGUGGCAGCUGUCUUCGCCAUCAGCUUCCUGCCUUUCCACAUCACUAAGACAGCCUACUUAGCUGUGCGGUCCACACCCGGUGUCUCCUGCCCUGUGCUGGAGACCUUCGCUGCUGCCUACAAAGGCACUCGGCCCUUUGCCAGUGCCAACAGUGUACUGGACCCCAUCCUCUUUUACUUCACACAGCAGAAGUUCCGGCGGCAGCCCCAUGAGCUCCUGCAGAAGCUCACAGCCAAGUGGCAGAGGCAGAGAGUCUGA